AUGCGCGUGGACUUGGAUAUGGCUGUGUAUAUGACAUACCUGUGCGUCGGGCACCUGAAGAAAACCCGAGGUGUCAUCAUUAAUAUGUCGAGCGCCAGUCUGAGUGCGCCGUACGGUAUGGCCAGGACUGCGGGCGAUAUGUUCACCAGAUGUAUGGCUGUUGUGUUGGGAGGGAAAGGCAUUCGUGUGAAUAGUGUUAAUCCGAGUGUUAUCAAAACGGAUUUCCUCAAAUCGACAGGUGUUGACACGAAAGUCAUAGCCAAAGGUAUGGCCAAUAAGUUGCCGGUCGGGAGGUGUGGUGUGGUUGAGGACGUGGCUCAGGCCGUCCUAUUCCUGUCGGCUCCCGAGUCGUCGUUUAUAACGGGAACUCAUAUGCUUGUGGACGGCGGACAUAUAGCUGCCGGUGAUUUUUAA